AACGACCAAGGAACUCCGCAGUAAUUGGGAGCCAGAGACAACACACCAAGUGGCCAUUGUGCUACGGAACGGAAAACAGGGCUCCGCGUACGUCGAUGGUCAGCGUGUGGGUGAUGCGUCAUGUGAAUUGAAAAACACGGAUUCGAAAGGAAUCUCCCACUUCUACAUUGGAGGGGAUGGAGGCAGCGCAGGGAGCAAAGAAGACGUGCCUGUGACCGCGACGAAUGUCCUGCUUUACAACCGCCCGUUGGAUGACAAUGAGAUCCGCGUCCUCAACGCAAACAAAAUUUCUAUUCCAAAGCUGACAGGCCUGAAAACAUUGGCGGCAGGAGCAACGGGUGUCGGUACCGCUCGUGACGGCGGGGCACAUGGUGAUGGGAGCACUGUUUGCGGAGGCGGACUGCUGCCGCUGCUCCUUCUGCUUGGAUUGUGGGGGAUUGCCGCUUCUUGA